AGGGCGCCCUGGCCUGUUUGCCCGCCCAGCGAAUUCUCCAAGUAACUGAGGUGUGUGUUCUCGCGUCGUGCGAUUCCCUGCGAUUGGUCGUUACUGAAGCAAGAAAACAUGGCAGGCGAUCCCAGCAGUACCAUGUCGGCUAUGGAGCUGAAGCUCCUAGAGGAGCGCAAAGCGCUGCAGGAAGCCCUCGAGGCGGAGCGCCGGCGGACCGCGGAGGCACACUUAGAAAUGGAGCGCCGAGUUCUCGAGGAGCGUCGCCUGCGACUGGAAGCGGCCGAGCGAGAGACGGCCGAAAAGCGAGAGACAGCCGAAAAGAGAGAGGCUGCCGCCGCCAGGAUGGAGCGCGAGUGCGCCGCACGAUGCGUGGCAAUCGAAGCCGCUGAGCGGGAGGCCACGUCACUGCGCGAAGCUGCGGAGCGCGAAGCGACCGAGCUCCGGGAGGCCGCGCAACGGGAUGUCGCGGCGAUGCGGGUAGCGGCGGACGCGCAAAUCGAUAGUUCGGCGUCCACGUACGCCACCGGGUCACUUACGGGAACAGGAGAGACUGAACAGAGCUUGUUUUCACUUGAACACGAUCUCGCAGGAUUGUACCCGGACUUUUAUGAUCCUGCGUCCUGGCCACCGGUACUUUUUGGUCUACCUUAAGCACGUUAAAAUGCGAUGUGAUAGACCGCACUACGUCGGUUUGCAACGCGAACAGGACUCUAGCUCAGUCGGAACUUUGCCGGUCAUGCCGACGUUAAUCAGAAUUGAACUUUCAAAAUCUAAACAAUUCUACCGUCUAGGCCGACCAUUCCAGCGCCUUCGACAUGCCGUAUCCGCCGGGCGACCCAACCUGGUUUAACGAAAAGGGCACUGGCUCGCAGCCUUCCUGGCCGGGUACUACAACUAGCGGCUACAGCAAUCAAUACAAUCAGUUGGACGGGUCAACAACAGCAUCAAGUUACGGAGGACCACAGGGAGGCGCAGGCGACUGGCGCAAUCGCCAGGCGGACCAGUACGGAAAAGGCGGGCCGUCCGCGGGUUCGUGGGGACCACCACCGCCGCAGCAUAAGGGUAGUGGUGGCCGUGGGAAGUGGGGCGGCGCACCUCCCGCGGGUCCUCCGGGAUACAAUGGCGCGCAACACUACAACGUGUACAAUUGUGCUGGCGGUGGGUCAUCGUCUGCUUCUUCCACUACCUACACAGACGACACUGCUUCCUGGGCAGGGGGGCCACCGUCUUCCUACAAUGGCUGGUCGGGUGAGGAAUCUCACGGAUACGGUGCGCCAGCAGCCGGAAAUAACAGCAGCGCCUAUGCCUACGGUGGUGGCAACGAUUCCGGAGGUAAUAGUGGUGAUCAUUACAAUAAUCCCGGCUACAGCCAGCAAAACCGUCCAUCUUACAACAGCACUGCCCCGCCAGACGACGUCAGCAGCACGGCCGCCGCGUCCGUCGGACUGUGGUCCGACGUUGGAACCGCGGGCCCAGGACCAGCUGCGGUCGCGUCGGUGAGCGCGGCCAGCGUGACUGUGAUUGGCGAAAAGAUGACGGGAAGUGACGGCACACGACACGAGCUGGCACUCGCGGAGACGAGUCCACGGGGGCCAGACGCCGUGGUUGACAACGUCGCUGGCUCUUUUGCUCCUCCAAUUAUCCCGUCCUGCGGCGAUGGAAUUGCUGGGACUAGUGCCGAACAAGGUGUUUUUUCGAAUGUCAAACCCGCAGCGUUUCUGCAACCUGUCGUCCCCACGGUCGAGCGAAAGGAAGCGUCUGAGGUCACUGUCGGCCACCCCGUCGAGAUCAAGCCGCGCGCUCCCGCCGCUGCCCCGGAAGCUCCCCCUGGGUUGGUGAAAACCGAGUCAGGUUGUAGCGGCAAUAAUAAUGCUGGCGCGACGUCGACUCACGACGCCAGCAGUGCGACGUCGACGGGAGUUGGUCCGACAAGCGGUAGCAAUAGCGCGCAUGCGCCUAGUACUCGUCCCGAUCCCGCCCAACACGCGACGACCAACUCUGGUCCGCACAUAGUACACAACUCGGCCUUUCAACAGUGCGGUCCUGCGCACCACCAAAUGCCCGAUUACAACACCUGGAGCAGCCACCAGCAUCCGCAAAAUUACGCAGGUUCAUCUGGCCCUGCACCUGGCCCGUCGCCCCAUCACUACGGAAGCUCUUCCUACUAUCCCGGCUGCAACUACCAACAAAACACGGCAAUGAAUAAUUCAUCGGUUGGGUACGGCAAUCGGUGGUGGGGGCCUCCUAGGAACGGAAAUUACAGCGACUGGGGGCUUCAAAAUGAGUACGGGGGUCAACAUCCGUGGCACCAAAAAGGAGGGCAAAAAGGAGGCAAGUAUAAUGCGAACCAAAGUUAUUGCAACAGCGGCCAGAUUUUUCAUAUGACCGGUAAAAACAAUUCUACUGCUUCCGCCCAUUGUCCCCAGAUGAACCUAAGUGCGACCGGCGCCGCAAGCAGCCAGGAUCCUAAUGGUAGCUGGCAGCAAAACCAGCAGCGCGUGUGGUGGCACAAAAACAAGCGGAAUGUGCAGAGCUGGAAGGUGAAGCCGUAUCUGUGGGACGAAGCGUUGCAAGAUGUCCCCCUGGAUGCGAACAUUCCGGAACACGCCCGCAAGCAGAUCGCGGCGCUGAACCAGACGAGUCGCGACAUCAUUUCAAACACGGUCAGUACCUCCAAGAAGAAAAAGGCCGUUCACAAGGCGGAGCUGGCCAAACAGCGUAAAAUCGAGAACCCUCUGAUGGGAGAGGCGCUGGCGCGGGUACAGCAGAAGACGAUCGAGGUAGAGGAAUACCACGCGGGAAAGCGCGAUAUUGUGACGCUCGGGGAAUACGUUGUGAUCGCGCGAACCCCGGAAGAAGAACUGAGGAAGAUGUUUGGCGUUCGCAAUCUGGACAUCUUGCGGCCGCGCCGAAGGCGGCACUACAAGUUUGCGGUGGUUUACGACUUGCAGAUUCAAGAUGAGUUGGAGGAUUUCACGAUGAAAUAUCCACCGAUGAAAGGAGCCAUCUUUUUCCAAUUUGUCUCAUGCAAAAUGGAGGCACGAUGCAGAUGCAUGCACAGCCCCCCGUCUUUGGAAUGCAAAAUUUGAUGAGGAUGGUUCGUUUUUCAGUGUAUAUGAAACAGCGGCUCGGCGGCAAUGAUGGGGAGAAUUUGCGGAACAUUGCGAGAAUGAGUCGGGACGUGGUGCUCCAUCUGAACAUUUACGGCAGCCGGGAGGAUCCGCUUUUGAUAGUAUUGGUUUUCUUGUUUCUUAAGUUUAUUGAUCGCGAUGUCGAUGGUGUGCACUUAUCAGUAAAGAAUUUUUGCUUGUUUUGUCCUGCACUUCUAUUUUGAUUUUUUUUCUUCCAAUCUUUUUUUUCCCUAAACAACUACAAGCAUCUCGAGACGAGUCACCAGGAAGCUUACGAAUACGGGAUGAAGGCCAUCGAGUUUGUGCUCCGCAAGGUCUACCUACAAAUGGACGCUUGGGCGGUGGAUAAGGAUCACGUGACGACCAACCUCGGUCUAUCCUGAGUAAAAACGUACCAACACCAGAGUUGUAAUGCAGAUUUGCAAAGACAGGAAGACUUGUAAUGCGCAUCCCCAUGAGAGCCAUUUCCAAUCGUGUUUUGGAAUUUGUGAUGCUGUGAACAGGAUGAGGAGGUGGAUUUGUUAUGCGGCUUCCCUUGCUAAACUGCACUACAAUACAGCCUGCAACUUGUCGUGCGUGACUCCCAAAACUCCUAGGUUUGUGUUGCAAAAUCCUCAUCCUGACUCUGGUGUGGCUACGUUUUUAUUCAGGAUACGGUCUUCGCGUGCGCAAAGUGGAAAAAAACCAGGAUUACGUCCCACUUUUGAACGCUCCGUUUCCUCGCCUCCGCGGGGUCGACUUAAAACAGCACGGCAUCGUGGACUCCAACCCUUUCAUCAAAGCGCGGGGCACCGAGGAGGACGAGGAGGGUGAGCAAGGAGUUCAUCUCGGAACGAAGAGUACUAUGUUGAACACUGCUCCUUCAAGUUGUUCUUCUCCGGAAGAAGCCGAGGCUUUAACAAGCAGUAGCAAAGUAUUUGCUUUCAAACCCUCCGACCCGCUGGCCAUGUUCAGUUCCCAGUUUGGCGGGAAACAGAAGCUGUUGAAAAAGCCGCGGAAAAUAAAGGCUCCAGGUGGGGCCGCUAUAACGAAGGCGAGCAAGAAAACGUUGCUGCCGGCAGUCCUUGAGGGGAAGGAGGAAAAUGAAAACGAGCCGGACGUUGAAGACGCACGCGGCGCCGAGGGUGAAAACUACGUUGCUGGAAGCACUUGCGCCGGCCCCGCAGCCUGUCGCAGCGCCGUCCACGAAGGGGACGCGGGUCGUGCGACUUCGCCGUUGGCAUCAAAGACCUUGAAUAGUUUGAACUUGAGCAAGGCGAAGACUGAUCUUGCCGGGGCGAAAGCUGACGAAUGUAUAUGGGAAGUCAGUGCCAAUUUUGAUCCCAUUAAUUACUGAGUAAACCAAUGAUCGGGUCUUCGCACGGAUGCUGAAAUGCUCUGAGGGCGAUAUUCGACCGGAUGAAUCAGAAUCAGAUAUACAACUUGCAAAAGAAGUACGUAGUUCCGGAAGAUAUAAUGAUCAGUUGAUGUGUUGUAUCUACACGAACGAAAAUACCACAGGUGCGAGCGUGAAGCACAUCCGGGCGCUUGACAUAGCACCGGCAGAGCAGGCGGCCGGGUGAAAUUCAAAGAUGCACCAUUUCACUUAUGCUAUUGAUUCUCCUGCUCGGUCAAUUUUUUGUGUAUUUCUUCGGACGACUGUGGUUACGAGUUUGUACGACACGACAAGAGCCUGAGCCAUGAUCUCAACCCUCUUGCAGCCUACAUCACCUGCAUUCCACUUUGAUGCACGAUCUCAUACUACUGUGUACUGUACGCAUAUUUAGGGUUUAGAGUAGAACAUAAAAGUGAAGCUUUUACGCUCUCAUGUUUCUGCGGUUUAGGGUUAUAUAUUCCAUGACUUUUUUUUAGUGGAUACCAUUACCAUUCAGACGACCGCGAAGAAGUUCUAUGGUUUGCAGCCGGACUUCGAAGACGAAGCCCUCCAACACAGAAAUUAUGAAAAAAUCUAUGCGCUAUUGCUUUCUGUCCGGUAUUCUACAACAAGAAUGAGCAGGGCGCUAGGACUACUAGGACGGGGGUACAUUAGUAUACGAGUCUUCGCUACUAUAUUUCAUGAUUAUCCACCAAGCUGCCGUGCGGUAGCGUAUCGAUACUACUGCUUUUUUCUCUCUUCGCUACUUUUUUCGUUUGGGUUUAUGUUGGCCUAUUGAAAUCGAUCCGAUCCAUCACAAAUCUUUCUUCUGGGAAAAGGCAGGCAUUAUGUUUUCUGCUACGCAUAAUAUGAAUUUGCACUGCAAAAAUGCAUUUCUUCAAGGAAAGAAACCAUGAAUUUCAAAAGUUUCUCAGGCCACAGCGUUGUCGAGCCGCAGGCGCAGGCUUCUGUGAGUUUCCAUUCUUUUUAUGAGCGGUUACAAUUGCAGGCUUCUUUUGCUCUAUUUUUGCCGGCUGCAUUAGCACUAGCAAUUUCUAUUUCUAUUGAAGAGCUCGGUAGCUCAGAGAUGUGUAGAAAGAGGCACCACCAAUAGCACUAGGGCCCAUCCAAGCGCGUCCUCGGAGUUUCGCGUUUCUCGGGUGUAUGAAUGAUUUUUAUCGGAACAAGGACGGCAAGAAUCGACCCUCAAAUGAUAAAUUUGAUGCUGGUGCAGUAUUGAUUCUAUUUCCCUCCUGGUAGCAAGUGAAAGCAAGCAGUAUCUUGCAGGUUGAACGGCUUAUCCAUAUUCCUCGAUUCGUAGAAUGAUUACAGCGCAAACUGUACAGGUGGUGGAAGACGGAAUUACUACAAAAAUUCACAUUCGGUAUGUGGAAAGACAACGACCCUCGCAGGCGUGAGUAAGCGCUUCGUCGGGAUUGUAGACCACAGGCAGAAGACAAGAGCUGCAGGUACGUAUGGCACGGAGGGGAUGGAUCUGAUAGCAAGACCACACAGAAUGGAGUCAAUUACAAUCUUUUUCGAGUGACAACUCGUC